AUUCAAAAUGGAAGAAAUGGCAAAGUUUUGGAGGGCAACACAAGAUCAACAUUUAUUCACCCUCUGAGAACUCCUGUACCGACGAUCAAUGCACCGUGCCGAUCGAGGAACAUUAACACAAACCUGCAAGCCGAAAAUCAGACACGAUGAGUGUUUCGAUCGGAGAUAAAAUUGAGGAUUUUAAAGUCCUCACCCUCCUUGGCAAGGGGUCCUUUGCAUGUGUUUACCGGGCAAAAUCAGUGAAGACUGGUCUGGAGGUUGCUAUCAAAACGAUUGACAAAAAAGCAAUGCACAAAGCUGGUAUGGUCCAGCGUGUGACAAACGAGGUGGAGAUUCACUGCCGAUUGAAACAUCCUUCAAUACUUGAGUUGUACAACUACUUUGAGGAUAGCAACUAUGUGUACUUGGUGUUGGAGAUGUGCCACAAUGGAGAGAUGAGUCGUUACCUUAAAGAGCGGAAGAUGUCUUUCUCUGAGGACGAAGCAAGACACUUCAUGCAUCAAAUAGUGAAAGGAAUGCUGUAUUUACACACUCAUGGCAUCUUGCAUCGAGACCUGACCUUGUCCAACCUUUUGCUGACCAGCAACAUGAACAUUAAGAUAGCAGACUUUGGCCUGGCGACUCAGCUCAAACUCCCGAAUGAAAAGCACUUCACCAUGUGUGGAACACCCAACUACAUCUCCCCGGAGGUGGCCACUCGCAGCGCUCAUGGUCUGGAAUCAGAUGUCUGGUCACUGGGGUGCAUGUUCUACGCCUUCCUGAUGGGGCGCCCUCCGUUUGACACAGACACAGUCAAGCACACCUUGUCUAAAGUGGUUCUUGGGGAAUAUGAGAUGCCAAGCCAUGUUUCUCUAGAGGCUCAGGACCUGAUCCAUCAGCUCCUGCAGAAGGACCCUGCCCAGAGGCCCAGCCUCUCUGCAGUGCUGGAUCACCCAUUCAUGACCCAGAGCCUGCUGGUCAGGACCAAGGAGCUGGGGAUGGGGGAUGAAGGAUCCAUGGACAGCGGCAUCGCCACUAUCUCCACAGCCUGCACCUCCUCCGCCUCAGCCAGCAGCAGCACCCGUCUCCAGAGGAGAACCAAGCACAUGAUUGGUUCUGCCCUGCCUAAUCGCAUGACUCCGAUCCCAUGUCUUCCGCGCCAACCCGUCAGCGCCUGUUUUGAGGACGAAGAGCAGUGGCAAAAGCAGGUCCUGCCAGACAGAUUUCACAGAGAGGGCAGGAGCAGGGCGGCUCAUGGUGGAGAGAGCGGACAGCCACAUUCUCGAUACCUGAGGAGGGCUCACUCUUCAGAUCGCUCCGGCUCCUGUGCAUCAGGUCAAGGGUCAAGUCAUGAGCUGGGGAGAUGCCACUCCGAGGAGACUUUGACAGGUGUAGGAAGACCAGUCUUCCCCAUGUCCUCCACUCAGCACCCAUUUUCAGAGCAUGGGAGGCUCCCAUCUCCUCCUGUCAAACAGUCAGCAAAUUCUGGGUAUUCAUUAUCAACGCAGACGGCACAUCCACCAAGCCUGCAGUUUCAAGACCUGGAGGGAGUCACUAAUUGGCUCAAUAAUGAUGGUUCUGGACAGAGGCCUGCAGACAGCAGCACACACAGCAGCAGUAGCAGCUUCCACAGCAGCAGAGGACCUUUAGGGGCUCACAAUUCCUGGACAGACAAACCUGUGGGCCGAGGUGUGAAUCCUCACCACAACCAGCACCACCUGCACCACCAGCUUUCCUCCAACCCUGACUCAUACAGGGAGAACAUACCUGGAGCAGAGUUCCAGCUUCCUCACGGCAGGGAGUUAAAGCUCUCUUCAGCCAAACCCAGCACAGAUAAGGAGAAGAAAACACUCAGAGACGUAGUCCCGCCUCUGUGCGCAUCCAGACUGAAGCCUAUCAGACAGAAGACCAAAAAUGCCGUUGUGAGCAUCCAGGACACAGGUGAAGUGUGUAUGGAGUUGUUAAAAUGCCACAGCGGUCAAGAGAGAGUCAAAGAAGUUCUUCGGAUUUCUUGUGAUGGUUCAAUGGUGACGAUAUACCAGCCUAAUGAUGGAAAGGGCUUUCCUGUGCUGGACUGCCCUCCCGCUCCUCCGGAAGAUAUUCUCAUUUGCAGCUAUGAGGACCUUCCAGAAAAAUACUGGAAGAAAUACCAAUACGCAUCCAAGUUUGUGCAGCUUGUGAAAUCCAAGACUCCUAAAGUGACCCUUUACACCAAGUAUGCUAAGGUCAUGCUGAUGGAGAACUCUCCCAAUGCAGACCUGGAGGUUUGCUUUUAUGAUGGAGCAAAGACCCACAAAACGUCAGAGCUGGUGCGAGUGGUGGAGAAGAGCGGGAAGUCGUACACGGUCAAGGGGGAGGUGGGGCUGAGCGGCCUGAGCCCAGAGAGCAGGCUGUAUGUGGAGCUGUCCGAUGAGGGCCACAGCAUGUGUCUGUCGCUCGAGGCCGCCAUCACAGCAGAGGAGCAGCGCAGCGCCAAGAACGUGCCUUUCUUCCCCAUAACUAUUGGCAGGAGACCUGCCAACCCAGACUUGCCGGGCUUGUCGUCCCUGCCCUCCCACCCGUUGCCUCCUGAUACAGCUUCGCCUCCUCAGCCUCCACAGAUCACUCCUUCAAUGAUCUCCUACGAUGGGUCUGAUUUCACCACAGCCAGCCUGAGUAAGAAAAGCUCCCCGGUGCGACAGGACCUGGUACAAAGCACAGGAAAAGUGGUAAAGUCAAUAUUUGUGCCCAACGUUGGAUGGGCAUCACAGCUUACGAAUGGAGAGGUGUGGGUGCAGUUCAACGACGGGUCUCAGCUGGUGGUUCAGGCUGGAGUUUCCUGCAUCACCUACACAUCUCCAGAGGGGAAGAUCACCAGGUAUAAGGAGAACGAAAAGUUGCCAGACCACGUCAAGGAGAAGCUUCACUGUCUCUCCACCAUCCUCGGGCUGUUGGCGAACCCAACAGCACAUCACCUACAACCUCAGUAACAUUUGCUGGUUAAAACAAACAAACAAACAAACACAGCCCAACAUAACAGAGGCCUGGCAGGGAACUGAAGUAGCAUUAGAAACCUUUACUGUCUUUUGUCUGGUGUUGUUGUAAAUAUACUUUUGUCCUUGUUUUUUUUUUUACAUGUACAGAAGACUAAGAUUAUGAAAAGAUAUAUUUUUAUUUUAAUAAGAAAACGUUUUGUAUAGAGUCAAUUGGCCUACUUAAAAUGUUUAUAUUUGUCUGUCUUUUUUUUACUGUCUCCAAUUCUAUGAAAUGUUUGAUUCAUAAAUGCUGAAGCAAUAAACAUCUGGAGGCUGG